CUAAAAAUAAAAAGUUAGACAAAAAUAGCAACAAUACAAUACAAAGAAUCCUAAAUCUACGGCUUGAAGAUUCUGGGUGUAAUUCAGUGCAGUUGCACAAUCAAUCAUCAUUCAUUUUACAGCCCAGGAGAGAGAAACUGAGAUACUCCCCUAAAAGGCUAAAUACAGUUUUAGGCAGAGACUGAAUAUGAGUCUCGCCUGUCUUGUGUGUCACGGAGUAGAAAGCCCGUCACAUUCAUUCAGAAGCUACUCCGUGUCUAGUUCAGACAACGACGGGAGAUGUUCGGCGAUGGUUAACUGCUUGAGUGGGACCCUCUCAUUCCCUCCACCUAGGCGGAACUCAGUCGCCUCGUCAUCAAAAGUGACCCCACAGCCGGAUUUAUCAAGCCGUGUUGAUAUUUCAGGUCCACCACGAUUAGUUAGAAGCCGUGCUGUUAGAAGGGAUCAAGUCAGAGACUGGAACUUCGAGGUUAUUGAGCUAGAACAGUAGUUUAGUUGAUAUAAUAUGAACCUAGAGAAUAAAUAGACUGCUUCUCUUGGUAAUGUUUAGAUAUAGUUAGAAACCUUGGUCUUCCACCCUUCUUUCUUUCUUCUAUUGGUAAUGUCAACAUUAUUUUUCCAAGUUAGAGCAAUGUUUAUCUUUUUUUCUUUUGAGGA